UAUUUCACUAAUCAGGAGCCCUGUUUCGUAUCCAGCUCAGACUCGCUGUGGUCUGUUUUCUCUCUCUCCGACCCAAAUCGCCGGCCAGAUUCUCCGUCGAGCUGUCUCUGGAACCCGACCGGCAAUCCCCGCACCCUCCAGCAAGCAUGGAAGACCACGGUAGUACAUAUCUGGGACUGUUCGUGGACGAGACCACCUUCUACAACCGCAUUGUGCUGGGGAGCCUCCUGCCAAGCAGGGUAUGGGAGCCCUUGCCCCACUUUCUGCAGACGUGGUUGCGAAACUACCUUGGCGGGACCCUUAUCUACUUCCUCUCUGGCUUCCUCUGGUGCUUCUACAUUUAUUACUGGAAGCGCAACGUCUAUGUUCCCGAAGACGCCAUUCCAUCUAAAAAAGCCAUGCUCUUGCAAAUAUUUGUUACCAUGAAGGCUAUGCCAUGGUACACUGCUCUACCUUCACUCUCUGAGUACAUGGUUGAAAAUGGCUGGACAAAAUGCUUUUCGAGAAUAAGCGAUAUAGGUAUGCUUGCCUACCUUGUUUAUUUAGCCACUUAUCUUGUAAUCGUGGAAUUUGGAAUCUAUUGGAUGCAUAGAGAGCUGCACGACAUAAAGCCUCUGUAUAAAUAUCUUCAUGCUACCCAUCACGUCUACAACAAACAGAAUACUCUUUCUCCAUUUGCUGGUUUGGCUUUUCACCCCCUUGAUGGGAUAUUGCAGGCUGUACCACAUGUGGCAGCACUCUUUCUUGUGCCGACGCAUUUCACGACACACAUUGUGCUGCUAUUCCUUGAGGCUAUAUGGACUGCAAACAUUCAUGACUGCAUCCAUUCCAACUUAUGGCCCGUAAUGGGUGCUGGCUACCACACCAUCCAUCAUACUACUUAUCGUCACAACUAUGGCCAUUAUACAAUAUGCAUGGAUUGGAUCUUUGGCACUCUUCGUGACCCCUUGGAUGAUGGAUCCAAGAAGGUCAUGUGAUGCCUGCCUGAUUGCUCCUUCAGUCAUUCAAACUUUGAUGUGUGUUGGAUUGUCUUCUUUGCAUGUAAAUCUUGUUGGUUGUUAGUUUCUUUUAUGCCCUUGACUAGGGAAUGGUAGAAGUUAGCGAUGAGGGAUUUUUGGGCUGCAAUGAAAGUUUUGUCGGUUGAUAUUUCUUCUCAAUUUCAAUCAAGAUGUUCUCGCCCCCCCCCAUUCGGGCUCUCGCUCGGUCCAGCACGGAUUGAUUGGUAGCAUAUAAUUCUCGGAAACCCAUGUACUUGAUUUUUAAUAAAAUCUUAUGUCAAGACUUGUGGGGCAUAUAUUGGAAUGGAUUACAUAUUUUUCUCCAAAAUGGAGAUGUAGCAAAAUGUAUAUAAUCCUGUUUUCUGAUUGCGUGUGCUUCAUUAGACAUUUAAACUCUCGAAUGAAUUG